UUGUAGUACCAUCAUCAUCAACACAAAUUAAAAAGAAGAAAGAAGAAAAAAAAAAAAGUUUUAAACUUUUUCAUGGAUGAACCAACCCCAUCAUUAGCAGAACUGAUUCUGUCUCUGCAUCAAGCCACCAUCAUGGCAAAACAGCUAUCAUCCACCAAUAAUCCAACCCAUAUCCACCAAAUCCACACUUGCCUUCACCAUGCCCAUCACCAUCUCUCCAACUUCCUCUCCACACUCCAAUACCCUUCUCCUCAUCCUCCGCCGGCGGCGGAGAACUCCUUCUCCUCCGCCAACGGCGCCGCCCCAGAUGGUGAACCUAUGCAGAUGGGGGACGACGAAGAUGACGACGAUGAUGAUGAUGAAGGGACUUCCAAAUGCACAAUUGAUAAGGUUGAGGAGAAAAUGAGGAAUUGCUUCAUCAAGAAUAAGCGCCAAAAAAGGCCACUUUCGCCGUCUGCGGCGGCUUUUGUGGAGGAAAAACGGUUGUCCGAUGAUGGGUUUGUGGGGAGAGUGAAGGAUUAUGAUCCACAUGCUAUGAGGUUGAGGGCAUUGGACCUUGUCUACCAGUUUCAUGGCUAGUUUCAUAUGUGACACACAACAUAUAUGAUGUUGUUGAUUUGCUCUAUUUUCUUUUAUUCUGGUUUUGAUUUUUCAUCUGGGGAACUAAUUUUUGUUGAUAAUUAUGGUCCUCAGACAUAGAAAAUUUUGAAUGCAGAGUGAGCUAAGGCUGCAUAAAUCAACUCAUCCUUGUAAUGCUAAGGUGUUAUGCUAAGGUCUAGAAGCUUUACAAAGUUAGACUUAGUCUAUGAGCACCUUAUUCGAAAUACUUUGUUUUUGUUCUUCUAAAUAUAGGCUUCGUGCAGUCACAUUAUGAUUUAUGACAUAUAAUUUUGUUAAGUUGUUCUGUUAAUUCCUAAUUUCUUAUUCAAAAUUAUUUACA